AGUAACAAUUUUCAGAUUAACACGGGUCUUUGAGUGGCGCGCACAUAUGUCUCUUAGUAAAGCUCGCGCAUGCGCAUUGAGAAAGCCAAAGUGAAUUGUGCAAACAAGGCAAAGUUUUGCGAACUUUACGCGAAAAGAAAUAGAAGAAAAUAGCAAAGUUGUGAAAUUAUUUACACAUGUGCAUAAUAUUCGGUUGCACCGUUUAACUAACCGUACUAACCGACUUGCCAGAGUUGAGCAGAGCGCGCGCAUGCGUUGGCCGAAGUGUUGCAAGAUCAAGCGCGUAAGUUAAAAGCGAGAUUGUGUUUCAAUCAUUUCAAAAAAGAUGAAAUAAUGUGAAUAAAUGCGACAACUAUUGAAGUAAAUCAGAGCUUAAAAGAAAAUCAUAUAAAAAAAAUUUUAAUUUGUAAAAAAAAAACUAAAAGUACUAAAAAAGUGAUAUUUUUGUGAAAACUAAAAAAAAAAUAUAUAUAUUUUUAAAGAAAAUAUUGCGCUAAAAGAAGGUCUUCAAGAAUAUUUACGCUGCUUUUGGGAUCACUAUCAGACAAAGGAGAAAGUAACAAAAAAUAAAUGUUGAAAAUCUGCAAAAUAAAUGCCUGUCCGAAUGGCACACUGGGCCUGCAUCUAAGUCGAGCACCCUGGGAUCCCUACCCGUGGGUGAGUGGCAUACAGGAAGGCUCCAGCGCGGAGGAAGCCGGCAUGCGCGUUGGCGAUACAGUGCUGGAGUUCAAUGGCAACGAUGUUUUGGGACAGAAAAUUUUCGAAAUUGCAAGCAGAAUACGGGAGCACUGGCAGAGUGGUGCAACCGAUGUCAGCGUGGUGAUUUGGCGCAAUCAAGCGGAGGUAGACAGCAGCUGCAGUGAGGACAAUGCUGAAAAUACAGAUGAUGAUGAGGAAGAGAAUGUAACGAAUAGUAGUGAUAGUGAGACGAUGGCGUCACAGGUGGAGGGGCAACGAAAGCGUAUGCAGCGGGCGCAUCAGCAGCAUUCCAGCAUUAAUCAGCAGUCACUGCAGAAGUUCGCCACAUGCCUGCAACACAUUGUCCAAUUAUUGGAGUGUCCUGUUUGCCUUGAGGUGAUUCGCCCACCUGGUUGGCAGUGCUGUAACGGACAUGUGUUGUGCAACAACUGCCGCAGUCGUUCGGUCAAAUGUCCGGUGUGUCGUGUGCCGUUAGGACCCAGAGGACGCUGCCUACUCGCGGAUAAAUUAUUCACCGUGUUGGCUGAGAGUUUUCCCUGUGAUGGCGUUCGGAGCAGUCGAAAUUCCCCAAAUGAGAAGCGCAAAUGUUCACCUGAAUCCAAAGGGCGUCCCAAGGCGACCACGACAGCAAGAAUUCAGCAAAAUGAAAGAGAUCAGCAACACCCACAUAACCAACAACAACUACAACAUGAGCAACAAAUCAAAGCCAAAGAAAUGCAACAGCAAGAUAAGAAGAAGGUCAAAACUGCUGUUGGUAGCCAAAAGAAUGUGUCGAAUGGAAAAGUUGCCGUCAAGGAAUGCACAGCAACACCAAAUGCUCACGCCGUGGCAGCACAACAAGUGAACAGCACGACUGACAAUUGCAAGGAGAGCAACAAAAAGUUAGCCAAGGCUGCUGGAGCUGAGGACGGUAGCUCAACACAUCGCUGUCACUGGCAAUGGCGGCGGAGUCGGGCGCGACUUGGCAAAGAACAGCAGCAACAACAACAGCAGUCGAGUGCAGCACCACAGCAAGUUUAUAAAAGUUACGCAGAUGAGCAAUUGUCCAUCACAUCUUCCAUGGCGGCGACAGCGUUGAGGAGGGUCCCGACAACGACGACGACGAAUGUCAGCUGUUGAAGAGUCCUAUAACUUAAGCGAACUAGCGAGGGGUGAAGGGGGUGCUUACGUUGCAUUUUGUUUAACCAACUGUGGGUUCGGUCGGGGGAAGGGCGUUAAAAGCAUCGCUGGGCGGUGGCAUGUGCAUGGCGUUGUGACGGAAGGAAAUGCACUGGUCAACAAUGUGCUCGUUAAACUCAAGUUGGAGUCAAGUAAGAAAUCAGCAGAUAACACAAAACAAGGUAGCAAAGUCACGCAAUGUUCAACAAAAAGGAGCGCCAAGUAGCGAGUACGAAAGUAACAAUUUAAGUCGAAAACUAAAAAUUGAAAUAAAUAAAGUAAAAGAGUUGCAGUUGCAAUGAUGAAGUUGCAAACAGCAACAACAACAACAAUAAGUUCUGCAACUAAAAUAAAACAACAUUUAUAAUGCCCAGAUUAGCAGUUGUUGGCAUUAGCCCAGUCGUAUUGAGCAGAACCGCGUGUGGCACGCCGUUGUGUUUUGCUGGUGGCAGCUACUGCUGGGGAUUAGCAACAAUAUCAAAAUUAUCAUUGUCCAACUGGGAAAUCAUGUGGCAUUUGGAACGUGCAACAUUCAGCACAAUAAAGUGUGGUGAAAAAGCGAGCAAAACAAUGAGUGGCACUGUUACAACAACAAUAAUGUUUGCAACAAAUUACGCAAAAUAACAGUAUGUAACGACGGCACUACAAACAACAACAAGCUGAAACAACACAAUAUGUAAUAAGGCAACAAUCAAGUUGUUUACAUAAAGAUGAGGCAAUACACCUCUACGUACAGUGUGGCAAAAAUUGGUAUAGGAUCGCUCCCGCUUAGGUAUUGAAUUAUGUAGUUUAUUUGCAGCUCACUCUAGAUGAAAAUCAAACGGUGCAACAAAAAUGUUCUUGAAAAUUUUUGCUCUUUAGCAUAAACAUAACAUGUUAUGUAACUAGUUAGAAACUAAUUUUUAAUGUACCAGUUUGUAACUAGUCAUUUGUUAGAUAUAUUUUUAAAAUGCACAAACUAAUAGGAAACAAAAGUUUAAGUAUUUGGUUUUUAAAAUACUACUAAAUUAAAAAAUAUAUACAAUUUUCAUAUAAAUUCAAA